UGUAUCUUCGCUCCAUAAGAAGCACACUCCGUGUCAUUCUCUAGUGUGGGUUGGCCCGCAUCUAUCAAUCCGCAGCCAUGUUUCGUGCCGCCACUCGCGCUGCCACGAAGGCCACGGCGUCCGCUGCCGCGACCACCGCCGCUGCUUCCGCAACCGGUGUGGGGCUGAGCACGGCAUUCGCAGAGCCAGCAGUUCAGAGCGACGGAUCGGUCCCGUUCGGUUUCAAUGGCUCCCUUCGUCCGCUCGACGGCAGCUGGGAGGAAAUCCCCAAGCCCGCUUCCCCCACGCUCCCCGCCUUUCCGCAACCCGCGGAUUCCGCCAGCGCCUUCGUCCCGGGGGCAGCUCGAGCGGGGAGGCAGCGGGGGGGCGCGCGCGUGAUUUCUCUGGCGCCUCCCAGCAGGGAGGAGACGGACGCCGCGUGGGCUGAGGUGGUUUCCACCAUGAUGCCGCCGCCUCGCCCGUCUCAUUCUUCCGCUGUCACUGGUGGUGCUGCUACCCGUGCGAGUGUUGCUGCCGGUGCUGCAUCUGCCGCGACGAGUCGUGCCGGGGAGGAGGAGAGCAUGACGGAGAGCACGUGGGAGAGCGGGUGGGGGAGCGAGUGGGGGAGUGAGAGGGCGAGCGCGUGGGACAGCAUGGGCGACGACGCCGCGGCGUCCAUGGCGGCGUCGGAGCGCGCGCUGCAGGUGGCCCGCGUGUCGGCUGCUGACGCGGCGUGGCAGCAGAUUGCGGGCGGAGCGCUUGCUGUCACCGGGCGGGUGCAGCAGCGGGGAGGGGUGGUGCAGCAGCAGCAGUAUCAGCAGCAGAUCCAGCAGUACCAGCAGAACCCCAUCGCCAUGCUUCUGGCGCAAGUGGAGGCGGAUCGAGAGGCUGUGGCGACGGUUCGCAGUCUGGCGUCGAGUCCGGGGGUGUUCAUGGCGAUAAUGAACGACCCCGUGAUGCAGGAGUUCAUCCGCAGCAGAGGUGGCGUCCACAUGCCCGGAGUCAACAGGAUUACGGAGGUCACUGAAGACGCUGGUCUGGAACAGCAGCAGCAGCAGUCUGCAAGUGCUGUUCCCAAUGGUAAUGCCCGUGGAGGUAUCAAUGCAGGGGGCGGUGGGCCCCUGUGGGAGUACUUGUCGUUUGCUCUGGGUAAGAUGCGCUCUGUGGUUGACGCCAUCUCAGACCUCCUUGGGACCGCCUUCCUGCCUGCGUCUCUCUCCUCCACCUCAGCGGCAGGCAGUGCUGGACCUGAUGCUGCUGCUGCUGCUGCUGCUGCUGCUGGCGGCGGCAGCAGCGCUACAGGUGCAGCUGGUGGCAGCAGUGCGUCUGGUCUUGCCGGGCUCAUGACAGUAGUUGUGAGCCUGGUCGUGGUGGUGGUGCUCGUGGUCAUCAAGAACAGAGCCAACCAGUGACAUGCUGGACCAUGUCACAUGCUGCUCUGCCUUUUGGGAGCCUUUCCCAUGUCGGUUCUUACUCCGGGAGCAUGCAACUGAAGCAUGUAUGAGGGGGUUUCACAUGUUUGUACAGUUCGUCUUUUCUCCUGGUCAGAUUGUAGGUGUCUCCAGCGCCAUUGCUUCCCACCACCACUCACAUCCACUUCCUUCGGCCCAUGUUUACACCCACCACCUUUCGACCACCUUCCGCUCCCCGCUACCUUCUGACCACCUUCCGACCACCUUUCGACCACCUCCCUCCUUCCACCACCAUCUGCUUCGGUCGUCUGCCAAUCGCCACCCACCAUUUGCGCACCACCACCCGAUUCCUAUGGUCAGUCACGUCAUGCCACUCACUGUUCAUAUGUAGCUAGACUUGUAGUGUACCUUUUCGUGAAUAUUACAUUCUGUGCCUCGGUGUAUUUGAAGAGUUUAAAGCCCGCGGCCCAAAUUGCGAGGCGCGACCUUCAAACGCACUGCGUUUGAAAGUCACGUUUUCGUGGGUGAGGAUGGGGGUAACGUGACUCGCGUCACUCGGGGCUGGCUUUCAAGUUCAGUGUGGAACGUAUUUUGGGACACCCAGUGCCUCACGUUUUUUAGCCGUCCAAUAUUUAGGGAUUU